GCUGCAGCCUCCCCGGUGCCUCCUCCUCUCCCAGUCCUCUCCUCCCCGCCACAUCCAGCAGCCGUUCAUAUGAAACCCUUCCUGAGCCUGUCAUGGGGUCCGGCUCCCGCUAGUCCUGCGGUUCCUCCAGAGGAGAAGAGCGCCUGAAGCCCGGGGAGGUGCGGCACCGCAGCCGCCAGCAUGUUCUGCACCAAGCUCAAGGAGCUGAAGCUGUCUGGAGAAUGUCCCUUCUCUAAGCUGACACAGACUAGCCAGGGCUCGGAGGACGACGAGGUGCCCGCCAGUGCCGCGGCCGCCGGACCGCCACCUAUCUGCACGGACACCACUGUCCGGCAGCGGAGACCGCAGGAGGAGCCGCCGCAGAGGAAGAGCAGCCGCACCAGGGUCUAUCUGCACACUUUAGCCGAGAGCCUCCGCAAGUUGAUGUUCCCUGAGUUUGAAAGGCUGGAUCUUGCUCUUCAGAGAACAGUUUCAAGACUGAAGGCAAAGUACCCGACCAACAGAUCUACGUGUGUUACUUUCAAGCUGCCUGCUUUACCAGUAUGUGGAAAAAUUGCUGAGAAAGAGGACUUUGCAAAACUCGUUGUAGACCAAUCAAGUGCCACAGGUAUUCCUGUAGAAGAUAUUAAAGCAUCUCUAGGUGAGGAGCUCUUCAAAAUAUGUUAUGAAGAAGAUGAACAUGUUUUGGAGGUUGUUGGAGGGACGUUAAAAGAUUUUUUGAACAGUUUUAGCACCCACUUGAAGCAGUGUGGGCAAUCCCGACCACAAGAUGGUGGUGGUCUUCAAGAAGGGUCAAUUCUGUGCCUUGAAAAAGAUCCAGAGUUCCUAAACGUAUAUUAUUUUUUUCCUAACAACAUUACUAAUCUCAUUCUACCUGGAAUAAUUAAGGCAGCAGCAUAUACUUUGUAUGAAACUAAAGUGGAAGUGAAGUUGGUUCCACAACGUGUCAACGAUGGAAGUGACUUUAUCAAGGAACCUUAUAUAUUGUAUUCUGUGCACAUCAAAAAUACAAAACCUUCUUUAUCUCCUUGCAAACCACAAUCAUAUGUUGUCAUUCCAGCCUCCAUCUUUUGCAAGACCUUUCCUUUUCAUUUCAUGUUUGAUACAGACAUGAAUAUGUUACAGGUUGGUGAUGGAGUUAAGAGACUUCUAAACAGAAAGGAAAUUCCUGGAAAAUCUAACUUUGAGGAAUACUUUGAAAUCCUUUCUCCAAAAAUAAGCAGUACGUUCAGUGGGAUAAUGACUAUGUUGAAUAUGCAAUUCACUAUAAGAGUUAAAAGAUCAGAGAACACAAUUGAGAAUUCAUCAAAGUUACAGGCAAUGAAUCUGAAGGGCCAGAUGAUCUAUGUUUUUGAAUCAAACUCUAUUCUGUUCCUGGGCUCCCCCUGUGUAGAUAGAUUAGAAGAUUUCACAGGAAGAGGUCUCUACCUGUCAGAUAUUCCAAUCCACAAUGCUCUGAGAGAUGUGGUACUAAUAGGAGAACAGGCCAGAGCUCAAGAUGGACUGAAAAAGAGGUUAGGAAAACUGAAGGCUACCCUGGAAUGUGCCCACCAAGCUUUAGAAGAGGAGAAAAAGAAAACUGUUGACCUUCUGUUUUCAAUCUUUCCUGGUGAGGUGGCUCAGCAGUUGUGGCAGGGACAAACUGUGAAAGCCAAGAAGUUUAACAAUGUAACCAUGCUGUUCUCUGAUAUUGUGGGCUUUACAGCAAUAUGUUCUCAUUGUUCACCAAUGCAAGUUAUCACCAUGCUGAGUGAACUUUACACACUUUUUGAUUUCCAGUGCGGAGAACUAGACGUCUAUAAGGUGGAAACUAUUGGUGAUGCUUAUUGUGUGGCUGGGGGACUGCAUAAGGAUAGUGACACACAUGCUUUUCAAGUUGCUCUGAUGGCUUUAAAAAUGAUGGAACUCUCAGAUAAAGUCACGUCUCCUCAUGGUGAACCCAUAAAGAUGCGCAUAGGUCUGCACUCUGGUUCAGUUUUUGCUGGUGUUGUAGGUGUAAGAAUGCCACGUUACUGCCUUUUUGGAAAUAAUGUUACACUUGCCAAUAAGUUUGAAUCUUGCAGUAUACCAAGAAAGAUAAAUAUCAGCCCUACAACGUAUAGCUUGCUUAAAGAUUUUAAAGGAUUUAAAUUUAUACCUCGAUCAAGAGAAGAUCUUCCACCAAACUUUCCAGCUGAAAUUCCAGGAAUCUGUUAUUUUCUUGAGGCUUUAGAUCAAGACAUGUUGACCAAGACUUGGUACCAGACAAAGCCGGCAGAGGAUUUACAUUUCAGCAAAACGAAAUAGACCAAUUUUAUCUAUUCUUGUUGUGUAUAUUGUGUAUCAGACUUUCUUUACAUGACAUGGUCUUCCUUUAAAAUGACAUUCUUAAGUACCAUCUCCAUUCCAGCGUGCUUGUAAAUCACAAUAUUGCUUAGUUGCACACAGAAAUGGGCUCUAGAGAUCAGAUAUGGAAGCUGCAUCCUCUAAGCUAGAUAUUAUUAAAAUUAGAAGUAUUUAUUCAUGUUCAAUAAGGUUAUAUGUCCGGUAGAUAUUGGUUGUUGGUGGUGUAUUUGCAUUAUGUUUAUGUUAAUUUUCAAAAUGUGAUGUUGGCAAAACAAAAUGUUUUCACUGUUGAAACUAAUAUUAUAAAAGAAUACGUUUAACAAUGUUACAUAUUUAAAGUUUGAGAACAAAGCCCUAUCCAAUCCAGAUUUUUUGGUUAUGUAACAUCGUUCUCAUUUUCUUUAAAUUCACAGUGUUGAAAAGUUAGCAGGUCUAAAAUCU